AUGCUCGUCGAGUCGUGCCCGCACCUCGCCAUGGUCAAGAAGUACAACCUCUCCAUGGGCAAGGUGGGCUCCGCGACCGAAGAGCACCCUGUCAUGACGUUCGUGCCGGAUGCAUCGUCGACGCCAUUUCCGCCCUACGACUCGCCGAUCGAACACCCUUUUGAACAGGCUGCGGACAUGCACUUUCGGCGCUUCAAGGAGCCUUUUCCGGAUCCGUUCGAGCCGGCGCUUGUGGGCAUCGAUACCACGAUUGACGUUGAGUUGACCAAGUGGAACUGCGUGUACAAGCAGCGCAAGCUCAAGCUCAAGUACACCGUUGCCUCGAUCGUCAUCGAGGAUGCGACGCUGUCUAGGAACACGGCGCCGGGCUUCAUCAAGCGCUUUGCGGGCGACGAGUUCAUCUUCUUCAUCGAAGAGUCGCUCUGGGACAAGGCCAACGACGUGCUCUACGUGCGCGGCUACAACGAGAGCUUCGCUGACCUCGCGCUCGUCCGCAGCUUUGCGAUCUACGCCGCGCAUCCCGAGAACGACGGCUGGUCCUCGGUCAUGCAGACGGGCUCGGUGCAGAUGAGCAACAAGUUUGGCUUCCUUCGCUCGACCGUCGAGGGGUUCGUCAAGGAGAGCUACGCCAAGACGAGCACGAAGGCGCUUGCGUACCUCAAGGUGCGCCUCGUCGAAGAGCGCGCCGAAGCCGAGGUGGCGACGAAUAUGCCGUAG